AUGAGUAAUUCAAAAAAAUCCGGUGGAUCCUCAUCGACGACACCUCUCUUGGAAGAAAAACAUGACGAACCUAAGUCGCAGGCUGAAAGCUUACCUGACCAACAUGGUUUAACAAGCCCAAUAUCUACAGUUCCAGGGAGGCAUGGAGGAGCUCCUCAAUAUUCAUUCAAUUCUGAUGGGUCUUUAAUGACCAACAGUGAGACGUCAGUGAAUGGCAUCAGCAAACCAGUCCUUCUUGAAAUCCCUAGUGGAUUUGAUGUCAUAAGUUGUGUGGUGCAAUUUGCACUGCAUUUCGGGCUUGCUAUAACUGUGCUUACUGGCCAUGGACUCAUUUCUGAUGUUGAUAUUGCGUAUCCACUAGGUGCAAUCCCUCCACCAUGCGUUUCUACAAGCUUCCAGAUAAUUUCGUUUUCUGGGGCUUACAGUUGUUUAAAUGCUGCUUCUGGAAACAUUGUUAGUUGUUUCCAUGUUCAAUUUGCAGAUGGUGCAGGUAAUGUUAUGGGAGGACGGAUUCUCACUCAGAUGAAAGCAGCAAGUACUGUUACGCUUGUUCUUGCCGUUUCUACACAAGUCUGA